GAACACUCGCGACCGGCCGACUGCCAGUCUUGUAUGUAAACAAGGUCAGACACUGCAGCACACAGAGCAACCACUCUCUGGACCGGGCAGGGGGUCGCUUUUAAAGCAAGACGAAGCUUCUUUUUACCAAACCUCUGAGGAGAAAGCUGUAGAUGAAUCCGUUUGCACCCCGUAGAAGGAGUGGAACUGCCUCUAUAACCUAGAUUUGCCGCAAAGUCACACGAACUCUGUUAAAGACCAGCCAAGAUGAUGCAGUGUUUUCACUUUAUGGUGGAGCCGGCCAAAACCUUAACGGCCAAGAUAAAGGAAUCACACAAGAGAGCGAAGAAGGAGAAGAGGGAGCCUCUGGAUGAGGAUCAGUUGUUUGUCGUGGAGCUGGCAAGAGAUCUCAGCCGAGUGUGCCAGAGGUCAGCAGUCCUGGAGCACAUCUGGAACCAGGAUGACACCUGGCCAACCUCUCUCUGCAGGGCCUUCCUCCUACAGUGGGCCUCCAUGCUAGAGAGCAAGAAGAGGCCCAUGCAGACAGACGGCUGGCCAGAGAUGGGUGAGGGAAAACACCCUGAUAUGAUUAAUGAGCAGGACCUGCUGCAGGCUAAAACUGUGAUCCUCAACUGGAUCAAGGACCUGAGAGCUCAGCCUGAGCAAAGUGUGUGGCCUGGGGAACCUGUGGCAAAGGUUCUGGAGGACCUGCAGUCAGCCUGGCGAUGGGGUCGCGUGGCUAAUCUGCUGACUGCUAUGGAGCUGGUUAUGUGGACUUUAAUGGUGCAGCGCCCAGAUAAGGAUACCAUCCCGCAGCAGUGGCUCAUGUGGAAGCAGAGAACGCAGAAGAUUGGUGCCAUAUCCUACAUCCCUCAACCAGUGUGGGAUUGGAUCUCAGAUGCUGCAGUGGAGGUGACUCUGGAUCUGGACACAGCCAACCCUGAUCUGCUCAUCUCCACUGACGAGAAGAGGAUGCGCUGUGGCUUUGAGAGGAAGGAGGUUCCCAACUACCACCAGCGCUUCGACGGGUGGUGGUGCGCUGUCGGGGUUGAGGGCUUCAGCUCUGGCCGCCACUACUGGGAAGUGGAGGUGGGUGAGCGGGACUGGCGGCUGGGCGUGGCCAGAGAGUCGGCCCUGAGGAAAGGCUUCAAGUCCCUGAACACAGAUACGGGGUACCUGACCCUGCGGCUGGAGAGGGGCACUGAGCUGAAGGCGUUGACGGUGCCCUUCACCGCUCUGCCUCCCGGCCUCAUCUCUCGCAAGGUGGGCAUCUACCUCGACUACGACCGCGGCCAGUUGUCCUUCUACGACGUGGACAAACGCUUCCACAUUUACACCUACAACGAGAGCUUCGAUGAGAAGCUUUUCCCCUUGUUUGGUACAGUGGAGAUCCUCAAGGAUCUGGUGAUCAAGUCUCCAGCAGCUAAGACCCAAUGUCUGUGUCCCACAACCUGCUUCUGGGGUUGAGUUUCCUCCUGUCACCUCUUCCUUUAGAAUCCAGUAGAUGUCAUAAUAAUAAUAAUAAUAAGUCUAACAAAUCAGGUUAUAUAAUAAUCACUGGGAGGAAUCAGAGAGCCUGAUGUAAAAGACCAUCAUUGUCCUAUUGAAUAGCUCCACCAUGUGACCACUCUCUAUGCUGCUGCUGCUUUAAUGUGAUGAUCGUUGCAAACACUUCCUCACUAUAGAGUUAUAAUGCUACAACUUGCUCACAUACAUAUUGUAUUUUCAUAUAUUUGAAAAGAAACCUAUAGCAUUAAUGUGAUGGAUUGUUCAAUAUUAACCCUGCAGUAAGAAUGCACAUCUGUGAGUAAUAAAUAAACCAAAUCCAUGUCUU